AUGAGCGGCAUGCCUCCAGUCAUUACAGGCCGGCCCAGCAUCGGCACCGCGCCGCUGCUGCACGCGGGAUCCGCGGGCGGGCCGCAGCUGCAGCGCCGCGGCUCGCUCGCGCUGCAGGGCGGCAGCCCCACUGCCGCGGCCGGCAAGCACGCCGACGUGUACCUCACGGAGCUGCUUUCCUACAGCCUUGACCGCCUGCGCAAGGAGCCAGAGCUGCUGGCCGAGGAGCGCCACCAGCUAGAGCGUGCGCUGCAGGCGAGCGCGCUGACGCACUACCGCGCGCUUAUCGACGGCGCCGAAUGCCUCGGGUCGGUGCGGGACGCCCUCGCCGACGCUCUGGCCCGGCUGGAGGCGCUGCAGGAGGAUGCCCCAAAGCUGAGCGCGACCUGUGAGGCCUUCUCAAGGGACGCCGCCGCGGUGCUGGCGCAGCGCGCGGCCAACAAGCAGCUGCUGGCGCAACAGGCGACGCUGCUUGAGUUGCUGGAGGCGCCCCAGCUGAUGGACACGUGCGUUCGCAACGGCAUCUACGACGAGGCACUGGAUCUGGCCGCCUUCAUCAACAGGCUGGGGCUGCUGCACCCGGAGCUGCCCAUCAUCCAGCUGCUGCAGCGCCAGGCGGCAGAGGUGUCGGCCUCCAUGCUGUCGCAGCUGCUGCAGCGGCUGAGGGGCAGCAUACAGCUGCCCGAGUGCCUCCGCGUCAUCGGCUACCUGCGGCGCAUGGCGGCCUACUCGGAGGGCGACCUGCGGCUCCAGUUCCUGAGCUGCCGCGAGCAGUGGUUUUCCGGCCUGGUCGCUGAGCUGGAUGAGGGGGACAGCUACGAGUACGUCAAGGCGCUGACCGACGUGUACCGCCUCAACAUGUUCGACGUACUCAUGCAGUACAGGGCCAUCUUCUUCGACGCGCCGCAGGAGGGCAAGCCGCAGGCCGGCGCGCGGGACAGCGCGGCGCUGCACAGCUGGGUGCAGCACCGCGUCGCGGCCUACCUGGCGGCGCUGCGCGCGCACCUCCCCAACGUGACCGAGGGCGGCGGGCUGGCGUCGGUGCUGGAGCACUGCAACUACUGCGGGGCGUCCCUCAGCAGGGUCGGGCUGGACUUCCGGGCGCUGUUGGCGCCGGUGCUGGAGCUUGUGACGCUGCAGCUGUUUGGCAGCUGCCUGGCAGUCGCCGUCGACGCCUUCACUUCGCGCCUGGACAGCCACAAGUGGGUUGCCAUGCCGGCGCCCAUGUUCAAGCAGCAGCAACAGCAACAGAGAUCCGACGGCGGCGGCGAAGCCGGGCCGCCGGGCGGCGAGCAGGCGGCGCAGCGGGCGGAAGGCAAUGCCAACGGCGGCGGCGGCGGCGGCGCAGGCGACGACUUGUCGCCGCCCUAUGCGUUGAUGGAGAACCUGCCGCUCGCCGUUUUGACCAACGGCGUACUGUCCGCGCUCAACGAGAUCCGCCACUGCAGCCUGCUCGCGCUCCGCCGCCCGAUGGCAGCGCUGCUGCAGGCCUCGCUCGAGCGCGCGGCGGGCGCGCUGGCGCAGCACCGCGCGGCGCGGCCGCUGGGGGAGGGGGAGCUGGUGCUGUUCAAGGCGGCGGUGCACGCACACGGGGAGCACUUGUGA